GUAGCCUCGAACCCCACCCCACGUCUCUCCACGCUUGCCUGUCUCUGUCUCGACUCUCAUGUCUCUCGACACCACCACUAGCUACCGUCACAAUCCAAGACAGUUCAGAACUGUAAGGGAUGCGGCAAACCGAGACAACAAACCCAACAACCCAUACCACAACCGCCACCACCACCACCACCACCUCUCCGGCGCUCUACCGUCCACCCAUCCAUCCACAAGAAAAAACGCCCAUUCUAGAAGCCACCGGCAUUUUUUUUUCCCUCGAAGCGAAACCUAAACCUCGCGUGCAUGUAUCUCGAGGGACCAGAUUUUCCCCCUCUCCUUCUCUCUACUAUACCUAUUUCCCUUCUCGGCAUGCAUGCACGACAUUCAUCAAUCACAACACUAACAAGAAUUACAGAAUAUACCAGACAAGAAGGAGGAGGAGGAGGAGACAUAGUAUGGAGAAUAUCAAUCCAACUUUCCUGAUCCUCAGGCAACAACAACAACAACAACAACAACCGCACUGAACGCCCCCAGGCCCCCGGCCCCCGUCCUCGUCCUUCAUGAACAUACACCCCCCAAACCCAUCGUCCCUCAAUUUCCCAAGAACCAUAAGUGAACACAUGUAUGUUCCCGUAGUCCGUAUGCAGGGAGGCACCACGAGGGAAUACAUGUGGUACAGUAUAGUAGAUAGACGGAUGCCUACUUAUGCUAUUUAUCCAGUCCUCUUUGUCCUGCCCCUUUCUUUCGAUAUAGGUUCAUACGGGUAAGGCUCAAGAGGACGGGGGAAGAUGCAGAAGACUGAGGGGUAUCUGUUUAUCCCCCCCUUCCCUACAAGAUAGAAUCACGUAGAAGUAGAAGGGGGGGAAGAUGGGAGUAGACUAGGAAUCAGUGUCUAUCCGAUUCCCCUGCUUCACUUCUCUUGCAGUCCUGCUGCUCGAGCUUAGUUUCACACGCCGAUGUGCGGAGUACAGAUGGAGGUAAAUAGAUAUCGG